CAACUGCAAAACUGCAAGUUCUUUUUGUUGAAUGUUGCUGAAAACCACGUGAGAUGCUUAUUUAUAGUUAGAAAUUGUUCGUCUUUUUAUUUAGCUUCCUAAGUAGUAAGUAAUACCAAACUUUUCGUAUCUAGGUAUAAUUACAUUGUUGAAGGUCCAGUUCGAUAAAAAUGGAGAUGAAUGUGGACGAUUUCAGUAUGACUUCUGAUUAUUGUAGCAUUGAUGAAUUGGAUUCAGAAGCUCGAGAAGAUUUGGAAGUUGCACUUUAUGGAAUGCUUCAUCAUGCUUCAAAUGAUGAAGAACAUUUCAUUAAUUCUUCAAGUAACACUGAAAACACUUCAUCUUUACCCACUGUGAAUAAAGCAAGCGAAAAUGCUAGUCCCCAUGCUGUGAAUUACAGCCCAAAACUUUCAAGCAAAGACAAAUCUAAGGCAGUCAUUUUGGCAUCUGCUACUCCAACAAGUGUGUCAUCAAAUCGAGGUUCUCGGCAAUCAGGCAAAAAGUCUGAAUACCCAAAGCAAGCAAAGAUACCACAUCCAAGUAAAACCAACACAAUAAAAAAUUCUAAAAAUAGAGAUCUUAAUUUAAAGAAAAAUCCAUAUUCUGAAUAUUUGAUAAUAGAAGAAAGCAGUAAUUCAAGCAAGUUGAAGAAUCCUUGUGAGGUAAUAACACUUUCUGAUGAAGAAGACUCAAAAUAUGCCUCAAUCAACAAAUCUUCUAAAUUAAGUGCUAUCAAAAGGGGAUUGCAAGCUUCAGUGAUGAGGGACAAAGGGAAAAAUUUUCCAGAAAUGUCACUUGUUACUUCCAUUCCAUCUUCCGUAGAAGGCAGUGAAUCUGACAGCUCCAUCACAGUGCUACCAUUACCAGACCCCCCACCAGGACCUUCCUACUUGAACUUGGAUUCAACUGAUUCCUCUGACUCUGAUGUUGAAGUAUUGAAGCCCUCUAAAAUCAACUACGGAAAAGUGAAUAUCAAACUGAAUGUCAGUCAGCCUGAUAUUGAAAGCUCACUAUUCACUUCAGUCAAUCCAUCUGAAACAGCUUUGAAUUGGGAAAAAUAUUCCAGUACCAAAUGGACACCAGAAAUGAUCAAAUUCUAUGAUAAAGAUGGAUUUGAUAGGGAUUUGGAUUGCAUAUUAAAAUCAUUUCCGAAAAAUGUCAAGUGGUAUUUAGAUAUUGAGGAUCGUCGUGGCACUGACUUACAGAGAAAUCGUUAUUUCGGUAAAUCAGCUAAAAUGCGAUGUACCAACUGUAACCAGUGGGAUCAUGUAGCCAGGUACUGCACAGAAGCCAGAAAAAUUAUUAGUUGUAGCAUCUGUGGUAUGCCCGGACACAAACAAUUUGGAUGCCCAAAGAAAAUAUGUUUGGGUUGCGGCCGUCCGAGUAAAAUCCUUAUUGAAUGUUGUCCUGAAUGUCGACGAGAAAAAGACAUUGUUUGUAUGAUAUGCCGGUCCAAACAUGUCACUCAACGAUGUCCUGAUCUGUGGAGGCGGUACCAUUCAACGACUUCGGAUGAAGUUGAAGAGCUGAACAACACAGGGAACACAUUAAAACCUAGGAACGAGUUGUACUGUUGCAACUGCUCAAGUCGUGGUCAUCUUGUCCACGAAUGUCCCGAGAAGCGUUGGAGCAAAUAUGUGCCUUCAAACCCAACCAUAUGUUCAUAUGAGAAUCCCCGACAAUUCCUUAACAACGUAACCAGCAAUGGCAAAUCUUCAGUUUCAAUUAGUGAAGAUAAAAAAGAAGUUUGGGUCAUUGGAACUAAUGGGCAAUACCAGUCGCCUAAAAAGGGAGGGCGCCUUACUCAUACCAUGCAUUACCCACUGGAUAGUCAGCCAAGUGAACAUUCAAUGCAAGCUGCUAGAAACUCGAUAUUUCGUGAAAUCAAACAUGUAGAAAUCUCCUGGCGUAAGCAACUAAAGAAAGGUCGUAUGUUAGUAGAGUUUUCCGGACAUGGAGAUACAAAGGAAGCGAAAAACAGGUUUAAAAAACUCGUCACUUUUAAGAGGAAGGCUGAAUCAAGGAAUAUCUCUGCCAAAGAUGAGUCAAAUCCACGAAGUCCCAGUAAACUAGUGAAAGAGACGAAGUUAGUUGCUCCGAAAGUUCUGCCUUUCUUUAUAUCUGCAAUUGAUAUAAACCAUGUGAGUCGAGAGGGAAAACAUAUGCAUCGACACAUCCCCGUCAGUAUGAGUGAAAAAGAGAAACGAAAUGUAGGGAAACUAUUGGCAAAGUUAGAAUUCAAACAUCGUGUUCAGAUCACUUCUUGUUAUGUGGGGAAAAAGUGGGAGGUUACGAUACACAAACUUCCCAACGGUAAUCCUCUUUCUGCUGUCAAUUCCAUCGUCAGUUACUUGGAUGCAUCAUCGACAAGACCUGGGGGUGCUUAAUAAUGUUAAGUGCAAAAAAAAAAUAAUAAUAAAAUUACGGGAACUCUUGUGUGAGAAAUAUGAUCCUCUAACUGACAAUUGAUUUCGAUUGAACUGGGAAAUAAAAUGCCUCAAAUAUUUUGUUUUCAA